CAUGCCUUCGCGGCCCUCACUGGCAGCGCAUCCGAUUUCAUACAAGAGUCCGACACAUCCACUCUGUUGCUCAUGUCUGAAGAACAGGAUUCCCCUCUCGUUAUCGAGGCUAAGAAAGCCCCAACCGAGCCCGGCGAGUACAGCUACUCCGAGCGCGACGUUAUACUCUACAACCUCGGCAUCGGCGCGACAGAGCAAGAGCUGCAAUGGACAUUCGAAGGCGAUGACGAAUUCUCGGCGCUCCCCACCUUCGGUGUCGUCCCGCAAUUCCUGACUAGCAGCACCCUGCCUCUGGAUUGGCUGCCCGACUUCAAUCCCGCCAAACUUCUGCACGGGGAGCAGUUUCUCAGCAUCAAAGCGCCUAUCCCCACGAGCGGCGAACUUGUCAAUCAUGCCAGACUGCUCGAGGUUCUCGACAAGGGCAAAGCCGCAGCAGUUACCAUCGUCGUCGAGACGCGCGACAAAAAGUCCGGUCAGGUCAUCUUCGAAAACCAGUCCACGGUCUUCAUCCGUGGAUCCGGUGGUUUCGGUGGACGGCGCAGCGGUUAUGAUCGUGGACCAGCCACUGCCGCUAAUGCGCCACCCAAGCGCGCUCCUGAUGCAGAGAUCGAAGAGAAGACCACCGCUACACAAGCCGCUUUGUACCGACUGAGCGGAGAUCUGAAUCCUCUACACAUACUGCCCGAAUUCGCGGCGGUAGGGGGGUUCGAUAGACCGAUUCUCCACGGUCUCUGCUCGAUGGGAAUCUCUGGCAAACACGUCUAUAAGCAAUACGGCGCUUAUCAAGACAUCAAAGUCCGUUUUGCGGGUGUGGUGUACCCGGGGGAGACGUUGAUCACUCAGAUGUGGAAGGAGGGCAAUAAGGUCAUCUUUGUCACCAAGGUCAAGGAACGAGGGACGGUUGUCUUGGCCUCCGCGGGUGUGACAUUAGUCGCGAAAGCGGCGGCCAAACUCUAGCUGUUCGACCGAUUCCCGAGUAUAUAUCAAGCCACGAACAGGGUAUAUAUAUAUUUGACCACAAGAAAACAUUAGACCUAUUUGCACUGAGGAAGGAUGCUUGCAAA